UAACGAAACGAAACUUCUACUUUUCCUAUCGAAAGUACGAUCUCGACUAGUCGACUCGGUUGUAAUUACUUUAAUAUUGCUAAAACACCGCUAAAAAUGUGUUGCUGCCGUAUUUUUUCGUCUUGAAUGAUUAAACUAUUAAUACAAAGUAGCUAUGAAUUGUGAGGAAUAACCGGUGAAGUGAGUGUGAUGUGUCGGUUGAAGUAGUUCGUGGUGAUUGAGCACUAUGCGAGUUUAGAAGUGGAGAGGCUCCCAGCCGAGACCCGGAGACUUCACGAUGCAGGAGCUGUUGAAGCACGUCCUCACGGAGAGGGACCUGACGCGCGCCGGCGACCUGUUCUCCAUCACUGACAGCGAGAUCGUUGAUGACCUGAACGAAGUGCUUAAACAAAUAACAGAGAUCUCGUCCCGUCCCGACUACAUCCGCAAUGACCAUGACCAAGCCCUGAUCGAGAUAUGCGUGACGCGCGUCACCUCGUGCGUAAAAGAGACAGGAACACUCGAGAAAUACUGCGGGGCUUUGGUGGCAUUACUGGAGUCUUGCUUGCACCAUAAUUUGAUGCCGGUUGGACAUUUGAGGGAUGAUGAUCCACCACAUGCUAAAAUCGCGUCGGAUGUUAUUGCUUGUAUUGUUUUGGUGUCCUUCCCAAUCCAAUCUGACAAAGAGAUCAGCGGCAACAAGAAUGUCAUGGAACUCUUCCUACCCGUCGCAGUUCAGUUCCUUCAUAAAGGCAAUCGCGAGAUAUCUCGACAUAUGGCUCGUUAUCUCUCUCUAGCAGCUGUACACCAUGCAAUGCUACUGAAACCGCAUGUUCAGACGAUCAUGGACUCUAUCAUGACAGGGAACUAUCCUCUAAGCCGCAUCUUGACCAACCUCUAUGAAGUCUGCCCGGAGCCGCUAGAAGGCCACGUGAUGGCACUCGUCUCCCUCCUGCCCCACGCCGAGCAAGUCGAGAAGAACUCUCUAUUUGCACUCUUCGAACAGAUAGCCGCUAGGAGACCGGAAGCGCUGAAGACGAGCAUACCGCAGUUGUUGUCAUAUCUGUGCCCGCAUACGACUAGUCAGAAUGAUCCGGGUUGCAUGUGCGUGGAUAUACUGCAACUAAUAGUGUGCGUGUCCCGAGCCCGCGUAUCGCUAGUACUCGAGCACGGCGCAGCGCUACGACGAGCCGCGCGCGCGCCGCACGCCACGCCGCAACACGUCGCACUCGUCGCCUCUGCGCUGGCUCAGAUGGGCUACACGUCCAAGGAGCGCGCUCAAGAAGCCUUGAACUUCAUACUGGAAUCCAUGAGCUUUGGUGGUGCGGUGGGUGCUUCACUAGUACGCGAAUGUACUGCGCUAUGCAGCGCCUAUCCAGCGCUCUUCACUGACCGGGUCCUCGCGGCCGUGCGUUCUAACCAUAGCUCUGAAGUAAAUCGCACAUCAGGCGGCGUUACCAUAGUGAAGUUGGGCGGCGCCAACGGCUCAGCCCCUCCCGUCCCCACGUCUGCUAAUGCGACAUCGCAAACUACCGCAGCAUGGAGCGGCGGCUACACGCGGCGCGCGAAGCUGGGGGACUCGCGCAGCACGGGCCGCCUGCACCCCGGCCCGCAGCCGCGCAGCAUGACCCGCCUCAACGUGGCCGGAGGCUCGGUCGGCGGCUUGCAUAAGAGUAUGACGCGGCUGUCAUCGUCCCAGCAGAUCAACUCGCAGCAGAACAACGCGGCUAAUGCAGCGGCAGCAAACAAGUCGCGCACAGCGAGCGUCACCGUGACGACAGUGGGGCGCGCGCCGCGAGCCGCCCCCUCCACCCCCUCCGCCACCUCCGCCACCCCCGCCCCCUCCGCGCCCAACGCGCAGCCGCACACGCACAACAUACUCAUCGGCCCACACCAUAACAGCACCGGCCCAACAAUAAUCACCAACCCGCCCCUAUCCACCCAGUCCAUCUCCGUCAACCCACUCACGGGCAAGUCCGCCGACACCCUCCCCCUCCCCCUGCCCACCCCCGCGCUCGGCCACGUCUCCGUCGUCACCCCGGCCGUCACCGUCACGUCGAGGCGCAACAACACCAGCGUCACCAUGAUCAACACCAACCAGAAUCACAGGAUCAGUGUGUUCGAGCCUUAUCCUAUGAGAGAUACGGUGCAGCAUUUCUGUGAAAAGCAUUUGGAUAAAAUCAAGGCUUAUAUGGAUAUGGUGUCGUUGAGAUUGCCACCGCCAGCUAAAUGCACCAUUGAAGAACGUCGCUCCAAGAAGCAAGCGCGCCUGCAGUUCGCGUGCGGCACGCGCGGGCCGCACUGCCUGUACUCGCGCACGCUGUUCACCAUGCGCACGCGCGCGCCCCGCGUGUGGAUCCACCUCAUGUUCCUGGCGCUGCAGGCCAGGCACGCCGCCGCCUUGUCCUCGAGGGACGCUUCCGUGUCCAGUUUGAAACAUUGCUGGGACAUACUCAAGUGCGAGAACAAGACGUUCCUGACUUUGGUCACCAGCGCUUUCCCGGGCAUCAAGGAACAAGAAAUGCUGCUAAACGAGCUACGUUCCGCCGGGUUCUUCGACGUAUUUUCCCUCAACACCCCGCUGGAGGCCGACGCGCCGCCCACCGCCGCCACGUGGGGCUGCUUUCUCUGCACACACCCUGAAAGGGCCCCUGGGUUCUUACAACCGGGGGCUCCGGUUAUCGAGGGAACACUGAAAGAAAAGAAGGGGAGGUGGAGAUUGUUCAGACGUUGGCGUACGAGAUAUUUCACGCUGUCGGGAGCUCAUCUCAGCGUGAAGGGCUCGAGCGGCGGCGAAAGCAUAGACAUCAACCAAAUUCGCUCGGUAAAAGUCUCCCGCGGCGCUCGCAACAUCCCUAAGGCCUUCGAGAUCUUCACCGGAGACCAGACCCUGAUCCUCAAGCCCCUGGCCGGCGACGCCGAGGAGUGGGCGCAGUGCCUGAGCAUCGCCGUGGCCACGUCGCAGGCGCGCCACGCGCCCGCCAAGGCCAACAGCUUGCCGGCAAGAGGGCUCACGCUCAAGAGCUUCUGACACGGUCAAAUCGCUGGCUAACUGUCCUUGGGAGCUUGACAUUAUCUGCACUAAGAUAAUUUCUAAAACUAUUCACAUGGAUAUAUUCAAGUAAGGCCUAGUAAAACUAAUAACUUUCUAACGAUAUUUUCGUAAUAUUAUUAAAAAAGUAUUGUUAUAGUCUUCCUUCAUGAAUAAUCUUUUAUCUAAAAGUACGGAGACAGCAAAUAAAUUCCUGCCAAAAUAUUGACUGCAUUGAAAUAGAUCUCAUACUAGAUGUAACAUAUACUCGUAUCAAUCUAGUAUAACUUGUAUGCGGUCAGGCAACAUAAUUUGUGUUGUGUCCGACCGAAACCGGAUUUAUUACCGAAACUGAAGGAAGUUUUGCUCUAGUUUCGGCCGAAACUCGAUUUUUAUGCCGAACCCGAAAAUUCGGUCGGACACUACGGAAAAUACAGUUUCAGUGCGGCCGAAAGGUUCGGAAAUGUUUUGAACGAAACCGAAACUUCGUGCGGUCACUAGAAAUGGUUUGCAUUUGUUAGCAGCGUAUAAUGUGGUCAUAUAGUCGUAUUUAAGUCCAAAACGUUUUAUGUAUAUGUAUAUUAUGUUAGCGGGAAAGACGAUGCGUAUUAAAUAGAUUGUUAAGUGUCAUAUCAGAAUAUAUAAUUAUUAUUGAAUGUUAUCUCUGCUGCCAAUUAGCGUUAAGUUCCGUGGAAUUUCCUCUGUGGGAGGAUCCAUUUACACAAUAUUAAUAGCGGUUUCUCAAUUUUCAACAGUGUUUGAAUGUUAAGAAGCUCCAAAAUUAGCAUAUUUUGCUUAUGCGUGUGAAGAUGAAGUAAAGUGAGGCCUAGAGAGAACUUGCGUGCAGUUUACGUUACAUUGCCGACUACUAAGGUUAACUGCAGUCAAAGGUUUGAUUAGAUACCGCAAUAGGGUGUUUCACUUUUGUAUGGAGAAAAAAAAAUUGUGAUAUUUUUCCUGACUUUGCUCACCAAUCGGGUCUCCCUAAACUAAAAACUAUCUAUUCCAAAUUUCAAAAGAAUCGAACAACGUUUAGGGGUUGCAUAAAUUGAAUAGGUAGAGCGUUAACUCCAUUGCGUGAAAAUGAACUAUUUUAUAAAAUAAUAAACUAUAACGAACCGAUACUAAAAUCGAAUGAAAAAAUAAUAAUUUUGCUUCAAAGAUACGUUAAAAGCACUUUUCCUUCGAGAAUAGAUAAAAAAAACUAAAAAACCUUAAAUAAAACGUUUAGCAAGUGACGAAAAUCCAAGUUUACUAUUAAUUUUAAUAUUUAUUUAUAUGCCGAUAGUUCAAUAACACACUACUCUCCACUUUGAUAGUAGCCGCUUAUAGCUCUUUCUACCCUCGACUGUAGUCGUUGGUUAUAAUUUUUUUUGGCAUAUAACAUUUUUCCAUAAGUGAGAACCAGAAUUCGAGCAGUCGCAUAAAAAUCGAAAAUUCGGAAAAAUUAAACACCUAUACCAUAAUGUAAUGAAAAUUGCAUGCAAGUUCUUGCUAGUCUAAAUCUCGCUUAAGAGCGAUCUUACAAGAAAAGUCGAAAUAAUGUAAAAUUGAUGAUAUUCCCGACAACAUUUAAGACUUUACGCUCAUUAUUAGAAACAAAGAGUACUUGUUCCAGUAAGAGCGUCUUCCUCUCUUUAGGAAUAUCGUUGUACAUAUGAGAAAAAGGACUAAUUAAAUUAGUAAUGAUCUUUUUUCUGAUGGUCGUUUACGAAAAACGAGUAGCUAAUCUUGCACAAUACUUUUAAUGCAUGUAAGACAGCUUUAUAAGUUUUAUAACAUAGGAUUGCGUACUUAAAGCGAAAACGAAUGCUCACUACAUAUCUAUCUAUACAACAAUAUGACAGCGCAUUGAUCGCAUUAACUUAAUCUUGCUUUACAAUAAUGCCCUUUAUGACUAAAUAGAUUAUGAAUUAAGUCUCUUUGAUGUACUUACUCUUGUAACGGUAAUUUGUAGUUAGCGAGUGCCUUAUGUGUAGGUAUAUACAUUUAUAUGUUAGCGUAGGAUCGCCGUUCGAGCUUAAAGUACAAUGAAUUUAUAUUCACAUGUUUUAUACGAUUU